UCCCGGGUGGAGGACACGCUGAGAGUUCCCUUGGUGUUCCGGCACUUCCAGGACUCACAUUCUCAUAACCCCCAGCCAUGCGGAAGUCCCCGGGGACCCUCUGAUGUGGAGCCUUGUGACCCUUCCGUCCAUCAUGGUGUCCGGGACCCCUUAUCUUCUCCAUGUCCUCCUCAUUCUCUAUCAGGUGCAGAGCAGCCUGGAGGAGACCUUCACUAAUGGGACAUCUACAAAUAUCAACAAUACUGAAGAAGUCUCAUUCCACGGCACCACAGAGGUGACACCUUUCACCAUCAACACCACGGCAUUGACAGGAGGAGCCCCCUACCCAGAGCCAUCGGUGUACAAUGCCAGUGCCGACCCAGACUUGACCUUUUCCCCUGGAGAGGAGAACCCGGUCACCACCAACACUAACGCAGACACCGGAGAGGAGAACCAGGUCACCACCAACACUAACGCAGACACCGGAGAGGAGAACCCGGUCACCACCAACACUAACGCAGACACCGGAGGGGAGAACCCGGUCACCAACAACACUAACGCAGACACCGGAGGGGAGAACCCGGUCACCACCAACACUAACGCAGACACCAGAGAUGAGAACCCGGUCACCACCAACACUAACGCAGACACCGGAGGUGAGAACCCAGUCACCACCAACACUAACGCAGACAGCGGAGAGGAGAACCUGGUCACCACCAACACUAACGCAGACACCGGAGGUGAGAACCCGGUCACCACCAACACUACCGCAGACACCGGAGGUGAGAACCCGGUCACCACCAACACUAACGCAGACACCGGAGGUGAGAACCCAGUCACCACCAACACUAACGCAGACAGCGGAGAGGAGAACCUGGUCAUCACCAACACUAACGCAGACACCGGAGGUGAGAACCCGGUCACCACCAACACUACCGCAGACACCGGAGGUGAGAACCCGGUCACCACCAACACUAACGCAGACACCGGAGGUGAGAACCCGGUCACCACCAACACUAACGCAGACACCGGAGAGGAGAACCCGGUCACCACCAACACUAACGCAGACACCGGAGGUGAGAACCCGGUCACCACCAACACUAACGCAGACACCGGAGGGGAGAACCCGGUCACCACCAACACUAACGCAGACACCAGAGAUGAGAACCCGGUCACCACCAACACUAACGCAGACACCGGAGGUGAGAACCCAGUCACCACCAACACUAACGCAGACAGCGGAGAGGAGAACCUGGUCAUCACCAACACUAACGCAGACACCGGAGGUGAGAACCCGGUCACCACCAACACUACCGCAGACACCGGAGGUGAGAACCCGGUCACCACCAACACUAACGCAGACACCGGAGGUGAGAACCCGGUCACCACCAACACUAACGCAGACACCGGAGAGGAGAACCCGGUCACCACCAACACUAACGCAGACACCGGAGGUGAGAACCCGGUCACCACCAACACUAACGCAGACACCGGAGAGGAGAACCCGGUCACCACCAACACUAACGCAGACACCGGAGGGGAGAACCCGGUCACCACCAACACUAACGCAGACAGCGGAGAGGAGAACCCGGUCACCACCAACACUAACGCAGACACCGGAGGUGAGAACCCGGUCACCACCAACACUAACGCAGACAGCGGAGAGGAGAACCCGGUCACCACCAACACUAACGCAGACACCGGAGGUGAGAACCCGGUCACCACCAACACUACCGCAGACACGGGAGGGGAGAACCCGGUCACCACCAACACUAACGCAGACACCGGAGGGGAGAACCCGGUCACCACCAACACUAACGCAGACAGCGGAGAGGAGAACCCGGUCACCACCAACACUAACGCAGACACCGGAGGUGAGAACCCGGUCACCACCAACACUAACGCAGACAGCGGAGAGGAGAACCCGGUCACCACCAACACUAACGCAGACACCGGAGGUGAGAACCCGGUCACCACCAACACUACCGCAGACACCGGAGGGGAGAACCCGGUCACCACCAACACUAACGCAGACACCGGAGGGGAGAACUCGGUCACCACCAACACUAACGCAGACACCGGAGGUGAGAACCCGGUCACCACCAACACUAACGCAGACAGCGGAGAGGAGAAUCCAGUCACCACCAACACUAACGCAGACACCGGAGGUGAGAACCCAGUCACCACCAACACUAACGCAGACAGCGGAGAGGAGAACCUGGUCAUCACCAACACUAACGCAGACACCGGAGGGGAGAACCCGGUCACCACCAACACUAACGCAGACAGCGGAGAGGAGAACCCGGUCACCACCAACACUAACGCAGACAGCGGAGAGGAGAAUCCAGUCACCACCAACACUAACGCAGACACCGGAGGGGAGAACCCAGUCACCACCAACACUACCGCAGAGGAGAACCAGGUCAUCACCAACACUAACGCAGACACCGGAGAGGAGAACCCGGUCACCACCAACACUACUGCAGACACCGGAGGGGAGAACCCGGUCACCACCAACACUAACGCAGACACCGGAGGUGAGAACCCUGUCACCACCAACACUACCGCAGACACCGGAGAGGAGAACCCGGUCAUCACCAACACUACCGCAGAGGAGAACCAGGUCAUCACCAAUACUACUGCAGACACCGAAGGAGCCUCCUACCCAGAUCCAUCGAUGUACAAUGUCAGUACAGACCCAGACUUGGCCCUCCCCACCAAAGAGGUGAUCCCCGUCACCACCAACCUUACAGCAGAGACAGUUGAGGGCCCCCACCCAGAUCCAUCGAUGAGCAAUGCCAGUGCAGGCCCAGACCUUUCCUUCCCCACUGAAGAGAAGAACCCAAUGACCACCAACCCUACAACCGAGACAGGAGGAGUCUCCCACCCGGAUCUGAUCUCCUGUCUCCUGGACACAGACUGCCCCCCGCUCAGCUCCUGUACAUCGGGCCCCGGGCCCCGCACCUGUCACUGUCACCUCGGCCUCUACUUCCACCCGCACCUCGGCUGUGUCACAGCCAGAACAUUCCCGGCCCGACUCGCCAUCUCCGCCCUCCGCUCCACAGACGGGAGAAUCCGAGGAGACGGCCAACCGGAGGAGACCCCGAUGUCCCGAGAGGUGACCGAGCUGUUCGGUGGAGUUUUCGGCAAUGUUCGGGGAUAUCUGUCCACGUCGGUGAGCGCCCUGCGGUGA